AUGCCGCCCAAACGCAUGACAGCGAACCCCGUCAAGCCGGCGCGUCAUCGACCCGGCAAGCCAUCGGCGCAGGAGGCGUCCUCCUCAGACUCGGACGCCAGCGACGACGACAACGAGACCAACGCGGCCGACACCAAGGCCAAGACCAUCCCGCCGCCCCCCAAAGCCGCCAGCGCCGCCAAGAUCGCCAGUAACCUCAGCAAGGUCAAUCUCGACGAACGCAGGCGGCAGGCGCAGGAGCUCGAGGAGCGCAGGUUAGCCCGGGAGAAAGCCGAGCGCCUCGCCGCCGAGGAGGGCUUCGUGACGGAGGAGGAAGAAGAAGAAGAAGAAGGGGCCGACGAUGACGACGAGGAAGAAGAGAGCUCCAGCGAGGAGGAGAGCAGCAGCGAGGAAGAAGCGCCCCGCCGCCUCAUGAUCCGGCCGAAAUUCAUACCCAAGAACCAACGCAACGCGGCAAGAGACCCCUCCGCCGCCGCCGCGAAGGACGAAGAGACGCGCCUCGCCGAGGAGGAGGCCCGCCGCAAGGCCGCCGCCGACGCGCUGGUCGAGGAGCAGAUCAAGAAGGACCUGGCGGCGCGGGCCGCGGGCAAGAAGCACUGGGACGACGACGAGGCGUCGGGGUCGGACGUGGACACGACGGACGACGUGGAUCCGGAGGCGGAGCUGGCGGCGUGGCGGCUGCGGGAGCUCAAGCGGGUCAAGCGCGAGCGCGACCGCAUCGCCGAGCAGGAGGCCGAGUACGCGGAGCGCGAGCGCCGGCAGAACCUGACGCAGGAAGAGCGCGACGCCGAAGACGCGGAGAAGAUCGCGAAGCAGCAAGAGGAGAAGGACGGCCGCGGCAAAAUGUCGUACCUGCAGAAGUACUACCACAAGGGCGCCUUCUACAGCGACGAGGCCAAGGCGUAUGGGCUCGACAAGCGUGAUAUCAUGGGCAUGCGGAUCGCGGACGACAUUAAGGACCGGAGCGCGCUGCCUGAGUACUUGCAGAAACGCGAUAUGACGAAGCUGGGCAGGAAGGGUGCGUCGAAGUACAAGGACCUUAAGAGCGAGGACACGGGACGUUGGGGAGAUUUUGAAGAUCACCGCGGCCGCAACCGGAGGGACGGAUUCGAUAGGUACGGCGUCGACGAGCGGUUCCAGCCUGACGAUCGAAGCGGAAAGGGGGCCAAUGCGAUCCCCUUGGGCGACCGUCCGAGAAGGGACACGGAGAGGGAUAGAGAUGGCGACAGGUACCGUUCUCGGGACGACUACCGUCGCAGAGACAGGUCAAGAUCCAGGUCGAGGUCGCCGCGGAGAGACUCGCGAGAUGGUUACAGGGACAGGCGUAAACGCAGCCCAUCCCGCGAGAGAUACGACAGUGACAAGAGGCGGCGCGUGGAUUCAAGAUGA